ACUUUACCGCGGCAUCGGGGCCAGCGCGUCGCGUCGCGGUGUUCCUAACUUCAAAGUUGCGAUCGCAGUAUCUUACGCGUCUUUUUCAGUGUUCGAAACAUAUAAUUUAAAUUGAAAGUAAAUUAAUUUUCGGCCAGUAUUCAUAUUGCAAUACUUAUUUAAUAUAUAUUUUUUUCUAGAUAAAAUAUUUUUUUCGGCCAGUUCAUAUAUUGUUCAAACUUUAUUGUUUUGGCGGUUUGUUAUUAAGUUUGGUGGAGUUAAAAGAUGCGCCGCGAUUGCAGCUGCUUGAAAGAGAAGAAAAGCUGAUAUCGCAAAGGACUGGCUGGAAAUAAAAAUUUAAAAAUUAAAAACAAAAGCCGUAUAGAGCUGGUUGAAUAGGGCAUGAGAAAUUCUAUAGAGAACAUUUUGAAAAAACAAGUAAAUUUUUGUGGUGGUGGCAGUCGCAAAGGCGGCGCCGCGCGGUUCGGUUGUGGCUCGCUGGCGUUGCUGGUUGCUGGUGGGGGCGGGUGCCGUGAGCGCCCAGAAGAGCCCGCUCGGCUGGGCCAUGGGCAGCUCGCAGCGACUGGCGGCCGUGGCCGCGGUUUCGCAUGCCAGACAUUACUACAACCACACGCAACCCGACGUAGCCCAAGAAGCCUCGCCGUACACAAUCAAUGUUUUCUUUAUCAGCGCGACGUUAUGCGGCGUGCUGGUGGCGGUGUGCGCAGCAUGCUGGCGGCGAUCCGCGCCGUCCGACAAGCCGGAUGACGCCACCGAAUGCAGAGGAGUAUACACCGUCAGUGCUGACGUCACACUUACACAGGUGCAGGAGAACCUGCCCGGACCCCCUCCGGCCUACGACACCGUGGUUGCUGACGGGCCUUCGAACAAACAAUGUCACAGUCUACAGGAGGUGGUGACAGAGUCGUGUCCUCGCUGUGAGAACCCGCGAAGAGAGAGUGUCCGCGACGGCGGACUUCCUUCGUAUGAGGCUGCUGUCCUCCUCAAAGACACUAAGUUAUAAUAUGUCUAAUCAUUAUGAGACACUGUAUGUAUACGCAUGAAACUAGAUGCUAUGUCGAAGUCAAAACAUAUGCCAGAUACCGGCAUGCCACAGGGCGCAUCGCACUAGCGCCAACAUCAUGUUUUUAUCACUAGCUUAGGUAGGUCAGGUAGGACAGUACGUCCUGUCUCACUCAAAGCAACAAUUUAUUUAUCUGUUUACAUUUAAGGCCGGUACACAAUAACUGUCUACGUAUGUGUACGUAAUUUGCGUAUGGAAUUGUGACUGGCUGCAUAUGCAUACGCGUGUUACAAUUCCAUACAAUAAAAAAACAUACGCAUACAAUACGCAUGCCUUUAUGUGCACCAAAAUCAGCUUAUGUGUGUUUUUUUUGCUAUAUAUAGAGGUUGCUAUCCAUCCGAAUCUUGUGUCACUUAAUUUGGAAUACCACCGGUCUAGACCGAUAUGUUGCAUAUUUCAUACAGGUAAUUUAAAUUACCUGUAUGAAAUAUGUAAAUUAAUAAUAUUUUAAGUCACGAAAAUCCGGAUGACAGAUGUAUUGCAAGUCGUAUGGACGGACGCUUUAAAAUACUUUGAUGUUUUAAUACGUUUGCGGAGGCUAGACUAAAACGUAUAAGCCAAUCACCAGUCAACUUUGACGUUAACUUUAAGCUGCGCAUAGGUUAAAGUUGAUUGGUGCAACUGAGGUUAAUGUUAUAACUGCUAGUCGAGCGUCUGUGAACGUGUCAAAUACCGGACACGUUAUAAUAGAUGGUUUAUAAUAAAGUUAAAAGAGAAUGCAAUUUCAGAUGUUCUGAAAUUGAUUCUGUUCUGAAAUUAAUAUAUGACUUAAUUUACCAAAGUUUGGCCUAUUGUAUACUUAGCCUUAUAUAUUAAUAAAGUCGUAAUUGUCUUUAAAUUAAAAUUAAUUUAAUAUAUUUUACAAGCACUAUGUCAACACAAAACAACACAUUUAGGGUAGUUGUCAGUGUAAAAAAUAAAAUGAAUAAACAUUUCCAAAAGUCAUUUUGAAAUAUCCAGGGACGUUAAUAUCCAGGGUUCCUAAUUUACUAUUUAGACAGGAAUAUUAUACAGUAGCGACUCACGGGGCUAGAUAUUCUUGACAAUCGUCAAAACCAGAGCAGUUAUAUAAUAUGGCUACCGUAGAUGUUUUAUAAAAAAAACUAACAUAAAUAAUAAGAAGAUUUGAAACACGAAUGAUGAACUAUUCUCACAGCUUAUCUUCGAGACUUUCUCAUUGAUGCAAUAAUCUGCGGCUGUCUGUAUGCGGAUCACGUGUCAAGCAAGGUGGGUAUGCGGACCGCGUCUGCGGACCGUCAAACCGUCGGAUCCGACCAUGAUGAAUAGCGCGGACCGCUGACAGGAUAAAAGUUAAACGGAGAGCCGAAUUUUUAGAUAUCAUAGGUAUUUUACCCGACCAAAAAAAGGGGUUAUGUUUUUAGAUGUAUGUAAAUUUCUUUCUUUCAUCUUCGCGAAUUUUAGUGUGUAGUGUAACGCCGCAAAGCCCGUGGUCAGCUUUCAAAAUAAACCUUAAGAUUUUUAAGAUUCGGCUGUAAUUUUAAACCGGCCUGCCUUACGACAAUAUUUCUUGGGGAUCUCACGUGAGAAUAUGCAGUGGUUCUAAUCCAUUGCGGGACAACACGCCCUGUACGUGAAUUUCUUUAUUACACAAAAAUAUCUAAGAGUCUUAGAUAUCCAGUUACGAUGUACAGUAAUGUAAGUGAGCCAUUAUACUCAAUAGGCCUGGGGACAGCUAGAAACGGAGUCGUGUUUUUAUUUUUUUAAAUGGUGACAUAUUACUUUUACAUACGACGGAAUACAAUAGCAGAGUUGAUAAAUUCAUUACGUUGGAUGUUUAACUUUUCCAAAUGAUCCAAAUAAAAAAUAAUAAUACAGCUAUAUUGUGUAACUAUUACUCAAUAAAAGCUAUACAUGUUAUUGCUGAAUUUGUCAAAAUAGCCUAUUGUAAAGUUGUCCAAUAAUAGUCGCCGAGUUUAAAUCCGCAUCGUAAAAUAUUAUUGCUUAUUUUAUGUUAUUAGCUCAUGUUUACACGCUAAAAUGAUGAUACGGUGUUGUGGUUAGCGUUUUAGCAUCAAUUCAAUAGUGUGUACACACGAGGUCAUUUAAUCAACUCUUAUCAAUAUUUAGUAAUUAUGCUAUUUCUUACAUUAAUGGUUUAUUUGCAGCGUGCAGAUAGAAAAAUUACUUAUGUAAACUAUUCAAGUGAAACAAAAUUGAAUUAUUUCUUAAAUAGAGUAUAAUUCGCCAUUGUCAUAUAGAAGAAAUAGUAAUUUAAAUUUGUCCAUCCUGAGCCGGUGAAGAAUGUAGGAUUAAGUUUUCUUUGAACACCACAUUGUAAACAAUGUAAAGUCAGGUUUUUGCAAAUAAAUAUACUUUGUCUUUGUUUUUAGAGUGCCCAGAAGGCUGACGACAUCUUGAAUGAUCAAUGUAGUCGUCAACGUUGUCCAAUGUAGUCGCCACCUCUUGAGUCCCGAGAUAUAUUUUACAUGUGGAUGUUUUUACGCUGGCCUGGAAUCGAGGAAAAUACAUAUAUACCACCUGCUUUUUUUCCCGCGCAAAUCGUAAAAGUUAAGGCAAAGCGCUAAAACCUUUUUUUAGAAACUUGUCACUAUAAUUGGAUAGUACUGUAGCCGGAUAAUGCAAAUAAAUUGGUGGAAUGGCUUAUUGGUAAUAUAAGCCUAUAUAUAUAUA